GAAUCUUUUAAAACGUGAGAACCUUUCGUCGCGAGCGGACGUGCGCAUCGUUAUUGCGUUAAGUUAAAGCUAAACGGGAGAACUUUAGCUACUGACUCGUUUAAAUGGCACACAAGUAAAAUACAUAUUCCAAAAAGGGCCAACAGGAUGCCCAUUAUAUUAUACUAUUCUUUGCCACGUUCGUUAAGAGCAUGCAUCUCAUUUGAGAGCGAGCUUAGGCGAUAAGCGGACACAAAUCAAAGCCAGACGGCAAAAUAUCGCAUUCAGCUACAAAAAAUAAUUGAAAUAAAGUAUAAAAAAAAAACAAUUGGCAGUCACAUCGGACGAACGUGCAAAGCGACUAGCACAAACUGUGCUCUUCGAUGCUGUCAACUACGCUUGCAUCUGGACGCGGUGUCCGAGGCAUGAGCUGCACAACUAACUAUGCCCUUUUUGUGGGUACCGUGCUGUUGGUCUUAAUCUCGGCACAUGUCAAAAGCAUUAAACUGCACGACAAACUACUCGAGCCGCCCCUACAUGCGUCGAAGACCACGUCCGCAGAUCACGUUGUCAAGCUCGGGCGUGACAAUAACGGCGUCAGCCCCACCAUUAACAUCGAGCAAGCAGCUUCCAGCCAUCCUUAUCAAGAGUAUGUUCACGGCCAGCAUUAUCAACAUCAACAUCACCAUCUACAGCACAAACGUAAGCAACAGCAACAUCACCGGACUUACCACAGCAAGUACACCAUCGAGCAGUUGCUGCACUUGGAGGUGCCUCGACAAAUGUCAAAUGACAUCGACAUGGAUCCCUGCAAGUCGGGUGGCUUUAUGGGCGACAUUGCAUUACCCGACGGUGACGCGGGCCCAAUCGUAGCACGCACGCCAGUCCAUGACGAGGAUGAUGAACAGGACGAGGAACUUUUGUCACAAAUGGCCACCGAACAGAUGCCAGCGGAUGCUCCUGCAACGGAUGGCAAAUAUAAUUCAAGCUUUCAACUGGACCUAGAGAAGCUCAAGCAGGAAGUCUAUAACGAAGGACUGCAGGUGGAGGAAGAGGGUCUUACGGAUAUUAUACGGAAAAAGACGAAACUACCUAACGAGCGCACGGAUAUUGUCAGCCAAACGACUGGGCAACCCCCUAUCGGAUCUAGCAACAUUCGUAACAAUGAAGCCAACCUGCAUAGAGGCAAAGAACCAUUAAAGCCCAAUGCGCACACGCCAUCUGACAUUGCUCAUCCGCCAAACUUCAAGAAUGAGGUAUUGACGCCGCAAGUGGCCAUAGUCAAUCAGCGACGUCGCCCACUACAUUUACAAGAGUUGAGAGUUCCUGCAGCACUGCUACUAUUAAAUAAAUCACAAACCCCACGUCGCAAUGUGGAUGCGCGAAAGAUACAGUCAAACAAUAAGGAUAUCGAGGACGAUUCGGGCAAUAAUUUCGUUGCACAGCGGCGGCAGCACAUUGUUCCCACAUCCUUGCCCACGCAGAGAUCUACAAUGCGAAACGUCUAUAGCAAUGCAGGAGGCAAUGGCAUGCACUUGGACAUCGAUGAUGUGGACUUUCUGCAUGCCCAAGGUGUGGUACGAAGGAGACACAGACGGCGACCCAAGCAUCGGAACACUCACUAUACGGAGUAUGCGAGGAAAGUAGAUCGACUCCGGGAGGAGCUGAAUCGACCACAUGGUCGUCACCCAAAGAACCGCCAGCAGCAACACAUUCAUCACCACAAGCAAAAGAACCGACAACAUUGGCGUCGAGGUCAAACCCGAUCAACCGCAUCGCCUCUUCACACCUCUUCGCCGCAAUCAUUAACGGAUGUAUUUCUGGAGAAAGAAGGAAUAGCAGAUGUAUCAAAUGUUGAAAUUCAUAGCUCGACACGGCCAAAUGCAGAGAACAAGAAGAUGGAACAGCAUCAUCGGGUGGCUCGUGCCGUAACUGCUAAAAAGGAACGCAUUUGGGACUAUGGGGUUAUUCCUUAUGAGAUCGAUGGCAAUUUCAGUGGCCUACACAAAGCUCUAUUCAAGCAAGCAAUGCGCCACUGGGAAAACUCAACGUGCAUUAAAUUUGUAGAGCGCGAUGCUGAAAUCCAUCCCAAUUAUAUUGUUUUUACCGUACGGAACUGCGGGUGCUGCUCAUUUGUUGGUAAACGAGGCAAUGGACCACAGGCCAUAUCAAUUGGACGCAAUUGCGACAAGUUUGGGAUUGUGGUGCAUGAGUUGGGACACGUGGUGGGCUUCUGGCAUGAGCACACGCGUCCAGAUCGUGAGAAGCAUGUCGUUAUCGAGCACAACAACAUUAUGAAGGGUCAGGACUAUAAUUUCAAUAUGUUGUCUGUGGAUGAGGUGAACUCGCUGGGAAUGGCUUAUGACUACGAUUCAAUAAUGCACUAUGCACGCAACACGUUCUCAAAAGGAACGUAUUUGGAUACAAUACUGCCUAUUGAAGUCAAGGGUCGCAAGCGACCGGAGAUUGGCCAACGUCUGCGCUUAAGCCAAGGGGAUAUUGCACAGGCUAAUCUCCUUUACAAAUGUCCUAAAUGUGGACGUACAUUCCAGGAGAGCACUGGCGUCUUUGCGAGUCCCAUUUAUUACACGGCCGGUGCGGUCAGCAACGAAACGGAGCACUGCGAGUGGCGAAUUACGGCUACACACGGCGAACGUGUGGCCCUUCGACUUGAGAAUAUGAACAUCUUCAAAUCCAAUAACUGCGACACUGACUAUCUGGAGAUCCGCGAUGGAUAUUACUUCAAGUCACCAUUAAUUGGGCGCUUUUGUGGUAAAGUCGCAAACGAACUGAUCACCUCGCAAACCAGCCGAAUGCUGUUGACCUAUAUAAACACCCAUCGUAGCGAGGGCUAUCGAGGCUUUAAAGCUGAGUUUGAUGUUGUUUGCGGUGGUGAUUUAUCUGUGGAUGACGCGGAGGGUCGCUUGGAGUCACCAAACUAUCCACUCGAUUAUUUGCCCAACAAGGAAUGCGUAUGGAAAAUUACGGUGCCAAAGGGCUUCCAAGUGGCGUUGAAAUUUCAGUCGUUUGAGGUCGAGAACCAUGACAGCUGUGUCUAUGACUAUGUCGAGGUGCGAGACGGGCCCACACAGGAUGCUGCGCUAAUUGGCGUUUUCUGUGGCUACAAGCCGCCACCAAACAUGAAGUCAAGUGGCAAUUCGAUGUACGUGAAAUUUGUGUCGGACCUUUCAGUGCAGAAAGCAGGCUUCUCAGCGGUAUUCAUGAAGGAGGUGGACGAGUGCGAGACUCUAAAUCACGGAUGCGAGCACGAGUGCAUUAACACUCUCGGAGGCUACGAAUGCAGCUGUCACAUUGGGUACGAACUGCACAGUGAUAAAAAACAUUGCGAGGAUGCCUGUGGUGGUCGCAUUGAGUAUCCAAAUGGCACCAUUACCUCUCCGUCCUUCCCCGAAAAGUAUCCAGUGUCGAAAGAGUGCGUUUGGGAAAUUAUUGCUCCACCCAAACACAAAAUCUCUUUGAACUUUACGCACUUUGAUCUGGAAGGCACGGAUCGUCAGCAAUCGGACUGCGGCUACGAUUCGGUGACAAUUUACUCCAAACUCACCGAAAAUCGACUCAAACGUAUUGGUACUUUCUGUGGAACCUCCAUCCCCCCUACGGCAACAUCCGACAGUAACGCUUUGCGCGUUGAGUUUCACUCAGACAUCUCAAUUCAGGGCUCUGGUUUUGCGGCUGUCUUUUUCACGGACAUUGACGAGUGCGCUGUUAACAAUGGAGGUUGUCAGCAUGAGUGCCGAAAUACUAUUGGCUCAUACAUGUGCUUCUGUCAUAAUGGCUACUCGUUGCACGAGAAUGGUCAUGACUGUAAGGAGGGUGAAUGCAAGUACGAAAUAUCGGCUGCCUUUGGAACUAUUUACAGUCCCAACUAUCCGGAUAACUAUCCUCCAAACGCGGACUGUGUGUGGCAUUUCUCAACCACGCCGGGACAUCGUAUCAAGCUCAUUUUUAAUGAAUUCAAUGUGGAAUCGCACCAGGAAUGCACAUAUGAUAAUGUGGCAAUUUACGAUGGCGAUUCGGAGCUUAGCUCCUUAUUGGGAAGGUUCUGUGGCGAUAAAAUACCAUACCCCAUAUCGUCUACUACGAAUCAACUCUACAUGGUGCUAAAAACGGAUAAAAAUAAACAGAUGAAUGGAUUUAUGGCAAUGCAUUCGACUUCGUGCGGAGGAUAUCUUCGUGCUACUAGCCACAUACAGCAGUUCUACUCUCAUGCUCGAUUCAGUAAUCAGGAUUAUAAUGAUAACAUGGACUGCGAGUGGACAAUUCAAGCACCGCCCAACAGCAACGUGCAGUUAAUCUUCCUUACUUUUGAUAUUGAAAGUAGUGAGAACUGCACUUACGACUAUGUUCAAGUCUUCUCUGGCAUGGAGGACACCAGUGGACCUAUGUAUGGCCAGUACUGUAAUUAUAUGCGACCAACUGACAUCAUUUCGAUGACGGACUCUCUGUUGGUGCGUUUUAAAACAGAUAGCUCGGUGCCCAUGAAGGGAUUCUCGGCAUCGUAUGUGGCUGUUGAUCCAUUUGAAAAUAGUGACGAGGAUGCGGAAAACUCGUAUAGCUCAGAGAUGGUCACUCCAUUUCCAGGCUCGCUUAAAAGCAUUUAUAAGGAGGAUUCUGAGGAGACGGACGACUACAGUGACUUCAGCGAGAACCAGUUAGAAAUUGGUCAGCAUAGGGGAAGCAGAGUUGCACCCAUAAGAUAUCCAUUUUGGACAUCUUAGACAAAAACAGAAGCCAAAGUGAAAACAAACCCUAGAUUUGCUAGAGACGCACAAAAAUCAUGACAAUAUAAUUACAACGGAAUUUAUUGAACUAUUUAGGCAUAUCGUGGCGUACAUAUAGCAAAAUUUUUGCUCUCGUAACAUAAUCAUAGAUUUCGUUUUUCAACCAUGAUGUAAUAAUAAGUAAACAUUCACAGUUCGGUAUUCAGAUGAAAUACAUGGCUCUGAAUACCGAAAAUGUAACUAUUUAAAAGUACUUGAUCAAAUAUCAAUGAUAAAUAUGUGAAUUGUAUGAUAUCAUAAAUAUUAUAUAAUAUACAUUGAUAUUUCAAAUAAAGCAUUUUCUGGAUUUCUUUUA